CUGGCGGCGCGGCGCGGCCCGGACGCGUGACGGGGACGGACGGCCGGGCCGGCGGCGCUUCCGGCGGGCGCGGAGCGGGGCCCGCCAUGGGCAUCCUGGAGAAGAUCUCGGAGAUCGAGAAGGAGAUCGCCCGCACGCAGAAGAACAAAGCCACUGAGUACCACCUGGGCCUGCUGAAGGCAAAGCUUGCCAAGUACAGAGCUCAGCUGCUGGAGCCCUCCAAAUCCCCGGCUGCCAAGGGCGAGGGCUUCGAUGUGAUGAAAUCAGGAGAUGCCCGUGUGGCACUGAUUGGAUUUCCUUCUGUGGGGAAGUCCACGUUCCUCAGUUUAAUGACCUCGACUGCCAGCGAAGCCGCGUCCUACGAGUUCACCACGCUGACCUGCAUCCCAGGAGUCAUAGAGUACAAAGGAGCCAAUAUUCAGCUGCUGGAUCUGCCUGGAAUCAUCGAAGGAGCAGCUCAAGGGAAGGGCAGAGGCCGGCAGGUGAUCGCUGUGGCCAGGACAGCAGAUGUUGUCAUCAUGAUGCUGGAUGCCACCAAGGGCGAGGUGCAGAGGGCCUUGCUGGAGAAAGAACUGGAAUCUGUAGGAAUCCGGCUGAACAAAAGCAAACCAAAUAUCUACUUCAAGCCCAAGAAGGGUGGAGGCAUCUCCUUCAACUCCACUGUCACAUUGACUCAGUGCUCUGAGAAGCUGGUUCAGCUCAUCCUCCAUGAAUACAAAAUCUUCAACGCUGAGGUGCUGUUCAGAGAGGAUUGUUCCCCUGAUGAGUUCAUCGAUGUGAUUGUAGGAAACAGGGUCUACAUGCCAUGCCUCUAUGUUUAUAACAAGAUUGACCAGAUAUCCAUGGAGGAGGUGGAUCGUCUCGCUCGGAGGCCCCACAGUGUUGUCAUCAGCUGUGGCAUGAAGCUGAACCUGGACUACUUGCUGGAGAAGCUCUGGGAGUACCUGGCACUCACCUGCAUCUACACCAAGAAACGGGGACAGAGACCAGACUUUACAGAUGCCAUUAUUCUACGGAAAGGAGCCUCUGUGGAACAUGUGUGCCAUCGGAUUCACAGAUCAUUAGCCAGCCAGUUCAAAUAUGCCUUGGUGUGGGGGACAAGCACAAAGUACAGCCCUCAAAGGGUGGGCUUAACCCACAUGAUGGAGCAUGAAGAUGUCAUUCAGAUCGUAAAGAAGUAACUGCUGGUGCCUGGCCUUGCCUUUAAUCACUGCAAUUGGAACUGACCAUGUAAAAACAAAACGAAACACACCAAAAAAAAAGAAAAAAGAAAAAAAAAAGAAA